GCCUCCCCCCGCGCCAUGCGCCGCACGCUCUGAACGGGCCCUUUAUUAUUAAUUAUUAUUAAUUAUUAUUAUUUUUAAAUUAUUUUGCUUUUUUUUUUGAGCACCGCCGGCAGCCUCCCGUCUCUUCCCAUCCCUCCCUCUUUAUAUUUUUUUCUUAAAUUUAAUUUUUAGAUUUUUUUUUGCUUUUCUGGCAGCGGGCAGAGGCGCGGGUCAGGCGCAGCCCCCCCGCUGCGGGAGGCGGCGGGACCCGCGUUCCCAGCGCGGAGACUGGCGCAUGCCACAGUCCGCCUCGGCCCCGCCGCCGCCUUCCCGCCGCCGCCCGCAGCCCGCCGCUGCCCCCCGCUGCUGCCGCCGCCGCGUCUCGGCUCCCGGCCCCUUCAUGCGCGACGGACGACAUCAUGCCCGUUUUGUAGCCGGGGGCCCCUCCUCUCGUCCCGCAUGUUCAGGACCAAACGCUCGGUGCUCGUUCGGCGGCUCUGGAGGAGCCGUGCGCCCGGUGGCGAGCAGCAGCAGCAGGAGGAGGAGGAGGCGGCGGCCGCCCAGCCCGCUCAAACGGCGGCGGCGGGGCUGGAGGCCCGGGCUCAUGUCGGCGGCGGUGGCGGUGGGGGAAGCGGGUGCUGCCCGGGGAAAGGGGGACGCGGUCACCGGGCUUCCGCGGGCGCGGAGGCGGAAUUGAAGGCGCUGACCCACGCCGUGUUGAAGCGGCUGAAGGAGCGGCAGCUGGAGGGUUUGCUGCACGCCGUGGAGUCCCGCGGCGGGGCGCGGACCCCUUGCCUGCUGCUGCCCGCCAAGGCCGACUCCCGGCUGGGCCAGCACUGGUACCCCUUGCCGGUGCUGCUCUGCAAGGUGUUCCGCUGGCCCGACCUCCGGCACUGCUCCGAAGUCAAGCGGUUAUGUGGCUGUGAAUCCUACGGCAAGGCUCACCCCGAGCUCGUCUGCUGCAACCCGCACCACCUCAGCCGGCUCUGCGAGCUAGAGUCUCCCCCUCCACCUUACUCCAGAUAUCCAAUGGAUUUUCUCAAACCAACUGCAGAUUGUCCAGACUCUGUGCCUUCCUCCACUGAAACAGGGGGAACUAAUUGUCUAGCCCCUGGGGGGCUUUCAGAUUCCCAACUUCUUCAGGAGCCCGGGGAUCGAUCACACUGGUGCGUGGUGGCAUACUGGGAAGAGAAGACUCGUGUGGGUCGGCUGUACUCUGUCCAAGAGCCCUCCCUGGAUAUCUUCUAUGAUCUACCUCAGGGGAAUGGUUUCUGCCUCGGACAGCUCAACUCAGACAACAAAAGCCAACUGGUGCAGAAGGUCCGGAGCAAGAUUGGCUAUGGCAUCCAGCUCACCAAGGAAGUGGACGGCGUGUGGGUGUACAACCGCAGCAGUUACCCCAUCUUCAUCAAGUCGGCCACACUGGACAACCCCGAUUCCAGGACGUUGCUGGUUCACAAAGUGUUCCCAGGUUUUUCCAUCAAGGCUUUUGACUACGAGAAGGCCUACAGCUUGCAGAGACCCAACGACCACGAGUUCAUGCAGCAACCAUGGACCGGAUUUACUGUCCAGAUCAGCUUUGUGAAAGGCUGGGGCCAGUGCUACACCAGACAGUUCAUCAGCAGUUGCCCGUGCUGGUUGGAGGUUAUUUUUAAUAACCGAUGACUCGAGACAGAGUGGACUCAUGACAUUUAUACUACUUUGCUGCUAUUAUUUCCUUCUGAGUGCUUGCUUUUCAUGCAACCUUUUUGGGUUUUUGUUUUGUUUUGUUUGUUUGUUCUGUUUGUUUUUCCCUGUGUUUUUUGAGGAAUAGCUUAUGGGAAGAUUAUUUUUUUUUGUUAAUUUUUUUUUACUUUUUAUUUGUUUUGCCUUGGGGUAUUUUGAUAACUCUUUUCCUUUUUUUCAAAGUGUGAAUGACCAAUUACUCAGAAGGGCAAAGGAAGGGUGCAAGGGGAGGGGGAUGGAUGGAUGGUGGAUGGAUCGCACACGAUAAUUAUUUCACACCUCUGAAAGGAUUAUCCGGCGCGACCAUCCCUGGGUUUGGAAGCCACGUGCUACAUGUUACAGUUCCUUCUCUUGGAUUAAACAACAAGAUACCUGUUAUUUUUUUAAUUCCCCAUUUUUAUCCCCUUUUGCUGCCAGCCACCCCCUGGUGACAGUGACACUGAGAGCCCUUCUCCAGCGGUGCUAAACCCCACGUUGCCGCCAAAGGAUGGUGCGAAACCUCCCCACCCGGGUCUUCAACCCACCUUUUUCAUUUGUAUUUGUAUUUUUAUUUUGGUCUUGUUGCUGGGUUCAUGUCUCAUCCCUGUGUUCAUCCUUCCACUGCUUCGUUGGGGUGUUUUUUUUUUUUUGUGUUCCUUCUUUUUAUGGUCAUGGAUUGAGAAGACAACAACCUCGUGCUUCAUCGCUUGAGCCUGAAACGCGAAGUGAUGGAAGCUGAAGCCUCAAAAGAAAAUGCUAAAAAAACCCCACCCCAUCAAAACCAACAAACCAAAUGAAAAAAACAAAAGGGGAAAAAAAAGAAGUGUUCACAAUAGCUGGGCUGUUGUCACCUGCUUCCAUCAGGUUAUCCCGGUACCAUCCUAUCUGGAAAUGCAGUUGUGCUUUUCAUUUCUUCUUGAAUUCAUACACGAGUAUGAUACUUUUACACUGUUCUUAGCUCAAUGAGCAUGUUUAGACCUUAACAUAAGCUAUUUUUCUAAAGAUAAAGGUUUAAAUGAACAAGAGAGCAUCCUCAUUGGAACUUUUAGCAUUGUAGUGCUUUGGAAAACAAAAAACAACCAACACAACAAACCACACACACACAAAAAGGACUCCUUGAACCUCCUCCCCCGUGAGAUUUAUUAAAGAAAAAAAAAUGUAUUUUAUGUUAUAUAUAAAUAUAUUAUUACUUGUAAAUACAAAGACAUUUUAUAAGCAUCAUUAUUUAUGUAUUGUGCAAUGUGUAUAAAUGAGAAGAGAAAAAAUAAGAAAGAUGCACUUUGCUUUAAUAUAAAUGCAAAUAACAAAUGCCAAAUGAAAACAGAAAAAAGAGAAAAAAAAGAACAACAAAAAAAAAGAACAUGAGAUUGGUGUUUCCUUUUUUUUUUUUCUUAUGGGUGUUUUUCAUCCAGAUGAAUGUUUGUUUGUUGUUUUUUCUAAAGGAGUUUUAUGUUCCAUUAAAAAAUAAAAACCUACACUUGA